GCAUGGUGGAGCUGGAUCCGGUUGCAGGUUUUGGAGCAAAGCUGGUUCCACGUGCGGGACUGUGAAAAGUCAGCAUGGACAGGGAUCUUCAUCUGGACCGAGCCGAGACGUUCUCCUUCGUCAACCCGUGGAUUCGAUACUUUCUCUUCUUCUUCAGCUUCUUAUUUUGGGUGUUCUCCUUGUUGAUUGUUGCCAUUGGAGUUUAUGCCAAAGUCCAGAAAGCCACAGACGCGGUGCGGGACACGUUCCUCAUCGACCCGGCUGUCAUCCUAAUUGUUGUGGGGGUGGUCAUGUUCUUCAUCACUUUCUGCGGCUGCGUCGGAGCCCUCCGAGAAAACAUUCGCCUCCUCAAAACGUUCUCCUUCAGUCUGACUUUGGUUUUCCUAACCCAGCUGGCCAUCGCCAUCCUGGGCUUCUUCUACGCCGAGCAGACCCGCGAGGCCUUGGGAAAAUUUGUGGAAAAAGGCAUUGUGCACUACAGGGAUGACCUGGAUCUGCAGAACUUGAUGGACUACAUUCAGAAAGAGUUCCGGUGUUGCGGAUGGAACAACUAUACAGACUGGUCCUGGAAUUUGUACUUUAAUUGUUCUCAUGCGAAUCCCAGCUCAGAGCGUUGUGGUGUUCCUUAUUCCUGCUGCACUCCCAUUCCCGGAGAGGCAGUAAUCAACACUAUGUGCGGAUUUGGGGCCCAAUCCCUGGACUACCUGGAAGCAAACAAGUCAAUCCACCCGGUAGGCUGUGCAGACAGGGCCGUGUUGUGGAUGGAGUCCCAUCUGUUCCUGGUGGGGGCCCUGGUGCUGGGUUUGGCUUUGCCGCAGAUUGCAGGCAUUGUGCUGUCCCAGAUCCUGAUCUCUCAGAUCCAAGAUGAGAUUACCUCGGUGAUGUGAGCUCCAGCGGAAAAAAAAAGAAAGAAGAAGAAUGGAAGAAGAAAUGGCAAAAUGGACGACUCGGUUGAACUCCAAAAUGCAAGACAAGGACACUCGUUCAUUGCUCUUAUACGACCGCCGCAUCCUUUCUUCUUCUUGUUCUUUGAACUGUGAGGUGACAACCAUCGAGAAUAAAGUGUG